UCUGACUGCAGGCUGACGCAUAUAAAAGAGCUCUCGAGCGGCCUUCAGGAAUUCAAGGUAGGAAUUUGUUUCUAAAAACAACCCUGUCUUCGCGUGGUAUGAUGCAACCAGAAGAGUGUUGGCUGUGGCCAUCAUCGUGGGUUGUGCAAUGGCCGGCCGCAGCCGGAAGGAGCCCCGCCCAUGUCCCUCGGUCUGUCUGCAAAAAUACAAGGCUCCGUGGAGGUACUCCGUACAUACCAAACAAACUCCCCUUUCCCGGCCGAGUCGCUGGCCCAAGGUCCACGGAGCUAUGGUUAUUGAUGAAUCAGGCAUGUGUCAAGACUGUGUCAACAUGGUAGGGUUACUACAAAGAGCGAGAUGCGAAAUGAGAAUCGGUUAUCGACGUUGCUUCGCACUCCACAAGAUGCCCGAGAGGGUACCGCCGUACGUAUCACAGGGGCCUUGUCAGGGGCAUGGGCCGGACAUUUUCUUUCCUUUCGAGCAGAUCUCCCUGGAGCACCGUUGCAGUCUACAACGCCUGGUGGAUUCGCAACGGCAGUCGCGAUCCACCAACCCUAUAGGCUCACGCCGCAAAGGGCCAGAGGUGCCAUCGGCCGAUUGGCCCGUAACGGGCAGGAUCAAACCAAAAGCCCCUAGCCGUCCGAUGUUUGGUUCGUCGUAUCGUCCAGUUUCAACGACAUGCCUCCCUUCUUGUUAACGACAAACAAAAAGCCCCGUCAACCUCCGAAUAAUCAUCUGGUAUAUGGGUUGGGAUGCCCAAACCGCAGGCCUCUCAAGACGAGGCACAUGGACGGCAAGUGAAGAGCUAGCGUUUGGCAAAAGCUGCAAAACUGGCAUACGCGCACAAAAAGCCACAUUGGCUCUCAUGGACCGCACUCGUACUCGGUCGACACAACUUACUCCGUCAC